GGGGCGGGCUUGGGGAGGUCCCGGGGGAGGAUGGAGCAGUGAGCGGUCCGGGCCGCUGCCGGCAGCGCCAUGGAGACGGUACAGCUGAGGAACCCGCCGCGCCGGCAGCUGAAAAAGUUGGAUGAAGAUAGUUUAACCAAGCAACCAGAAGAAGUAUUUGAUGUCUUAGAAAAACUCGGAGAAGGGUCCUAUGGCAGCGUAUACAAAGCUAUUCAUAAGGAGACCGGUCAGAUUGUGGCUAUUAAGCAAGUUCCUGUGGAAUCAGACCUGCAGGAGAUAAUUAAGGAGAUCUCUAUAAUGCAGCAAUGUGACAGCCCUCAUGUAGUCAAAUAUUAUGGCAGCUAUUUUAAGAACACAGACUUGUGGAUUGUUAUGGAAUACUGUGGGGCUGGCUCUGUGUCUGACAUCAUUCGAUUGCGGAAUAAAACGUUAACAGAAGAUGAAAUAGCUACAAUAUUACAGUCAACACUUAAGGGACUGGAAUACCUUCAUUUUAUGAGAAAAAUACACCGAGAUAUCAAGGCAGGAAAUAUUUUGCUAAAUACAGAAGGACAUGCAAAACUUGCAGAUUUUGGGGUAGCAGGUCAGCUUACGGACACCAUGGCCAAGCGGAAUACAGUGAUAGGAACACCGUUUUGGAUGGCUCCAGAAGUGAUUCAGGAAAUUGGGUACAACUGUGUGGCAGACAUCUGGUCGCUGGGAAUAACUGCCAUAGAAAUGGCUGAAGGAAAACCCCCAUAUGCCGACAUCCACCCAAUGAGGGCAAUCUUCAUGAUUCCUACAAACCCUCCUCCCACAUUCCGAAAGCCAGAAUUGUGGUCAGAUCACUUCACGGAUUUUGUGAAACAGUGUCUUGUAAAGAGCCCGGAUCAGAGAGCCACAGCCACUCAGCUCCUACAGCACCCGUUUGUCAAGAGUGCCAAGGGAGUGUCGAUACUGCGGGACUUAAUUAAUGAAGCCAUGGACGUGAAACUGAAACGCCAGGAAGCCCAGCAGCGGGAGGUGGACCAGGAUGAUGAAGAGAACUCAGAGGAAGAUGAACUGGAUUCUGGAACAAUGGUUCGCGCAGUGGAUGACGACAUGGGCACAGUCCGAGUUGCCAGCACCAUGAGCGAUGGAGCCAAUACUAUGAUUGAGCAUGAUGACACGUUACCAUCACAGCUGGGCACCAUGGUCAUCAAUGCGGAGGAUGAGGAAGAGGAAGGGACCAUGAAAAGAAGAGAUGAGACCAUGCAGCCUGCAAAACCAUCUUUCCUUGAAUACUUUGAACAAAAAGAAAAGGAAAAUCAGAUCAGCAGCUUUGGCAAGAGUGUACCUGGCCCGUUGAAAAAUUCUUCAGAUUGGAAAGUGCCCCAGGAUGGAGAUUAUGAGUUUCUUAAGAGCUGGACAGUGGAAGACCUUCAGAAGAGGCUCUUGGCCCUUGACCCCAUGAUGGAGCAGGAGAUCGAAGAGAUCCGGCAGAAAUACCAGUCCAAGCGGCAGCCAAUCCUGGAUGCCAUUGAGGCUAAGAAGCGGCGGCAGCAGAACUUCUGA